CUGCUGAGAUAAAGGGAUGCUGUCUUUGGAAGAUGUUGAUCUAUUAUGUAUUUAUAAGAAGCUUCCUGGGCUGCAUCCUGACAGUAUUGUUCUGCAUUGAAGCUGCUGCUCUCGUGCUUCUGAGUUCCUUCUUUAUCUCCAGCUCUGAUCGGGACCACUACUUUUUUGCUUCAAGAUUCUCUGCUAAUGUACUCCUAGGUUGGAUGAAGUGACACCUACCUUUGCAGACUGCUGAUCUUGUACCAGUAUCUAGAGGCAUUACUGCAAGUGGUGGAGUGCAGUUAGCACUGGUGAUUCCUGAUGCCCUACAAUGAAAUUCUGUUAUGAAUGGAGAUGUUAUGAACAACCUCUGCAUUUCUGUUUGGUUCCCUUAGAAUCGUAAAUUGGUCUAUAGUGGAGGAGCAUGUUAGUAUCUGAUUUUAUAAAUGCUGUGGGCCACUUCCUGACUGGAACUCUUAGAUGUUCCUAUAGUGCCUCCAACAUGACUUUUUUUGCCUUGUUAAUAUCCUGUAGCAGUAAGUUCCACAGUGUGUAUGUGAAAGAGAUGCAGCUUAUGUUGUUUCUACCUUUGCUCUGUACUCUGUGGUUAGCUGAAGCCAUGGAUUUAACCAUUGACUAAUGAUUAUCCGGUAUACCAGUCCUUACCAGAGCAGAGCAAAAACCACUGCUAAGUAGCUGUGUGCCUGAAGUGCUUGGUGGUGGUGUGGGGAUUUAGGGGGUGCAUGCAGAGUACUGUGAUGCUUAUUUAGUGCAGGCUGAGAGGAGCUAGUUUAAGCAGUAAGCAGCCAAAGAAGUGCAGAGCUCGGAACCUGUCCAGUAGCUGGAGAACUGCAGAAGUAGGUCAUAACUUCAAAACAAGACAAUGGACUGGGGAGCUCUGCAGACCAUCUUAGGAGGUGUAAAUAAACACUCCACCAGCAUUGGGAAGAUAUGGCUCACAGUCCUGUUCAUCUUCCGUAUCAUGAUCCUGGUUGUGGCUGCAGAGAGAGUCUGGGGAGAUGAGCAAGAUGACUUUAUCUGCAACACUCUGCAACCUGGUUGCAAAAAUGUUUGCUAUGACCACUUCUUCCCCAUCUCCCACAUCCGCCUGUGGGCCCUGCAGCUCAUCCUGGUCACUACGCCAGCCCUGCUCGUGGCCAUGCACGUGGCUUACAGGAGGCACGAGAAGAAAAGGCAGUUCAGAAAGGGAGACCAGAAAUGCGAGUACAAGGACAUUGAAGAGAUCAGAACCCAGAGGUUUCGUAUCGAGGGCACCCUAUGGUGGACGUACACUUGCAGCAUCUUCUUCAGACUGGUCUUUGAAGCAGUCUUCAUGUAUGCGUUUUAUUUCAUGUAUGAUGGGUUCCGAAUGCCUCGCUUAAUGAAAUGUAGUGCUUGGCCCUGCCCCAACACAGUAGACUGCUUUGUUUCUCGACCUACUGAAAAGACAGUGUUCACUAUUUUCAUGAUCGCUGUGUCCAGCAUUUGCAUUCUUUUAAAUGUGGCUGAAUUGUGUUAUUUACUGACAAAGUUUUUUCUCAGAAGGUCUAGAAAAGCUGGAAAUCAGAAACACCACCCCAACCAUGAGAAUAAAGAAGAAACCAAACAAAAUGAAAUGAAUGAGUUAAUAUCUGAUAGCUGUCAGAACACAGUUAUAGGAUUCACAAGUAGCUAAGGUGGCAUCAGUGCUGGUAUUCACUCCAAAAAGGGUGAAUGUCUAAAGGCUGCAGAUAAAAUUUGUCAUACUAAACAGCUUAUGUUGGGGGAGAUUUAGACCUGUAGUGAUAGGUGCAUUAUGCACCUGCUGAGGAAAAAAGGCAGCUUAAACAUUUGAAAGUUAUGAGGAUUAAAUAGGAAAGUGUGUUUUCCUACAGCUAUCCUUACAAGUUGACUAUGACAAGUGCCUUUGUGCUGGUACAGUUCCUGAAAACACUAUGCAACAGCAAUAAGAACAAAAGUCUUUCCAAGCUAGAUGUGCUAACGUUUCAAACUGUUUUGUAAUAAAGAUAGUUUUUAAUUAUGAACAGAAAAUUAAAGUAUUUUUGUAAAAUCUAAGAUUCCAUGUUACUUAAGGUGUUACAGUAAGCAACUGACUGUGCUUUGUUUAAGCAGGUAUAUGCAGAUGAACCCUGCAGUACAAUAUUCAUAGAGAGGAAAUAGCAGUAGGCCACAUUUUUACAGCUUUGCAAGCACUGCUAGAGUCUGGGCAAGUAGACUGAGGCACCUGCAUCUGUGCUGCUGCCUGUGGGGCUGUGUGAAAUCCCACCAUGGAGAACUGGGGCAGCUGGUUUCUGAGUGCAGUGCUGUGCCUAAAAGUAGCACGGUGAUACAGGUGCAGUCCAAGUAGACCUGCUUUUAACUACCAGCAGACGUGGUAUAAGUAUUCCUGUUCAUCUUUUCAUUGCAUGCUGCCAAUUUUAUAGGAACGUACAUAAUUUUUUGUAAAUACUCCACUUAGCAUAUGUUUAUUUCUCUAAUGUAUUUGCUAUAUUUGUUUCUUUUUGCUAUAUUGCAUCACUGAAACUUUUGGUUUUGUUAGUUUUUUUUGUUGGUUUUUUUUCCCCCCCUUUUGUGGUAGACUGGUGCUGUUAUGAAACUAGGGGCUCUUUGUUCUGGAAGACAUGGGAAAGUAUCUUAAACACUGGAAACUGAGAAAGUCUUCUGAAUAAAAGGCAAACACUUUAAACUUUGGCAA